CAAGUCCCAGCAGCCGGGUGUCAUUCAUUCCAAGCGCGUCUGCUUGUUACAUUGUAUCCAGGCGGCUGGUGCUAACAUUGUAUCCACCGCUGCUAAGUCACUACUUACCGCCAGCAACAGCGCAAAAAGAGAGAUCCUGGGGGAAAAGUAACAUAUAAAUAUAUAAUAAUAAUAUAAAAUUACACUAGAGGAAAAGUCAUCACACUGUCACCUGGAGAGUCCCCAGCAAUGCGCACCUUCCUUGGGAUUGCUUGGAUAUACUUGGUGUUUGCUCUUUCUUAUGGAGAAGCUUCCCUGCUGACUGAGGAGGGGCUGCUGAAAGAUGACACAAUUGCCAACUUAUUGAUGGAGGCAGAUGCUGAUUUGACUCCAAAGAAACCUCAUAUUCAGUUUAAUGCCCUCUUCUCUGCUAAUCCUGAUGAAGGGUGUUACCUGAAUCCGGAAGAAGACGAAUGCCUUCAGAACUGCGGCUACAACUCCUCAGCGAAGACGUUUAUAGUCAUCCAUGGGUGGACAAUGAGUGGCCUGUUUGAGAGCUGGUUGCAUAAGUUGGUGGCCGCCCUACAACAGAGGGAGAGAGACGCAAACAUCAUAGUGGUGGAUUGGAUGCCGCUGGCCUUUCAGCUCUACCCGGACGCCGUGAAUCACACAAAGCUGGUUGGGAAGGAAACUGCUGUUCUAAUGGACUGGUUACAGGAGAAAGCGAAUAUGUCCCUUCAAAACGUCCAUCUCAUCGGCUACAGUCUUGGCGCGCACGCUGCCGGUUUUGCAGGAAAUUACGUUAGUGGAACGGUCGGUCGUAUCACAGGUUUGGAUCCAGCUGGACCAAUGUUUGAAGGCGUAGAAGCUGAAAAGCGCCUUUCGCCAGAUGACGCAGAUUUCGUGGACGUCCUUCAUACCUACACAAGAGAAGCGCUAGGCGUCAGCAUCGGCAUCCAGAUGCCUAUUGGCCAUCUUGACAUAUAUCCCAAUGGUGGAGACGUCCAGCCAGGCUGCGGUUUAGCCGAUGUCAUAGGGGCGAUUGCUUAUGGCAGUAUCGGGGAGGCCGUGAAGUGUGAACACGAGAGGUCUGUGCACCUGUUUGUGGAUUCCCUCAUUAACCAGGACAAGGAGAGCUUCGCUUUCCAAUGCACUGACCCCAACCGCUUCAAGAAGGGGAUCUGCCUGAGCUGCCGCAAGAACCGCUGCAACGCUAUCGGGUACAACGCCAGGAAGAGCACCAGCAAAAGGAACAGCAAGAUGUACCUGAAAACCAGAGCGCAGAUGCCAUACAAAGUUUACCAUUACCAGCUGAAAAUGCACAUCUUCAAUUACAAGAACGAGGAGGAAUCCACAGAACCCACCUUCUCCGUCAUUCUCGCUGGGACCAUGAAUGACUCCGUUCCUCUGCCUCUGGCCGUACCUGAGAAAAUCGGAUACAACUUCACAAACACUUUCCUGGUCUACACGGAGGAGGAUAUUGGGGCCCUCCUGUCCAUUAAGCUGAAGUGGGAGGGAUCGAAGCAGUCGUGGUAUUCCUUCUGGAGCUCCAUGCAGAGUUACUGGGCAGCCACCAACAAGAGUGACCAGGAGCUGCACAUCCGCCGUAUCCGCGUCAAGUCGGGAGAGAGCCAGCAUAAGUUUACUUUUUGCCUGAAAAACUUUCAUGCCAGUCGUAUUGCUCCUGGCGAGGAAUUGGUGUUCGACAAGUGUAAAGAUGGCUGGGAAGUGAAACCGCGAAAAAGGGUGAACUUAUAAGGCUAUGGGUGGGUGACCAGUAUGCACAGCCCUGGAAGAAUGUUACAAUGAAAUAGAACGGUCUAUGAAGCACUGAAAAAGUUUUGCUGCUUUUUUUUAUUAAGAAAAUUUAAAAAGAUGUAUGAAUAUAAAGUUUAACAUUAACAGCUUGGUUGUCAGGCGGCCUCAUGGACUCUUGCAGUUAUCACAGGUGGCCCUUUUCCUUUUCAUGAAACGGGCAAUCUCAUUGCACUCUAAUAGAAGAAAAGUUUACAUCUUAUUCCCAUAAUUUAAGUGGCUUAACCCCCCCACCCCUUCUUGAUCCUUGCUAAAAAUGAAGUUUCACCUCCCAGACGACUAUGCGGAUAAUUCAGUUUGUAACUUGCGUUGGGGCUGUGAACGGUUCCUUAUGCGUUCUUCCUAUAUUCUUGCUGUUUCACCUUUUCUUCUUUUUGUACAUGUCAGUCUAGAGAUAUAUUUUUAUACCGUGUGCGCUGUGGUGAAGUCUGUACAGUUUGUAAAUACAUUUUAUUUAUAAUUUGCAUUUGUAUAUGAAGAUCAAGUUAUCAGUAUUUAAUUUUGAAGGCUGACCAGCGACACUGCUGUCUACCCGCACCCUUUUAUAUGUUACGCUGUCCUUGGUUAUUCCUGAAAUGCUUGAUUGAUAUAAAUUGCUAUUUGCCUUUUUGAAAUGCUAAUUUUUAUUUAUUAUUUUGGUUGUCAAAGAUGCUGCAACAUAAAUUAGAUCAAUCUGCCCUGAGGUCCCUCUCUACAACUAGCACCCUGCGGAACACUCCCGCUCCGACUACCCGCCUCAGUGGUAAUGGGUGCGGACUGUUUGAGAUAGCGCCGUUACUUUGCCGGAGUCGUAUUUCAUUCAGAAUAUGAGUUGUGCUUGUAACGUGUUGUACCAUUUCCAAUUCUGUGACUUUAACUAUUGUACUGUGGCCUGAGAUGCGUGCUAAGGGUAGCGCCAGACAGAAGAAUAAACAGGGCUUGGAUAAAAUAGGCAGUGAUCCCUAAUAUUAUGCAAUCUGUAAGGGCAAGGCGAUUCAGAGGUUUGUAGUGUUGUGAAUCCUAUGAUGCUUUACUGCAGUCCUUAUUUGUGGUCAAGGCGGACUGCUCACCGCCGGGCGGAGGAAACACCAGUCCUCCUUGUACCUUUUUUACUGUAAAUGUUUUUGUUUAAUAGAUAAUAAAUAUUAAUGAUUACCCCCCCCCCCCCCAACACACACCCCUUUCUACAUUCUCCUCAUCACCCCAACAUUCAAGGGUUAAAGGCAGCCAUUCCAGCAUGACAUUUUCUCAAGUAGGUCGAUUAUAUAGACCUCUGUUGUGAACUUAACUUAUGAUCUUUGUACCAUGUGAGAUAUCUGUAUAUAUAAUGUAUUUUGUAUGCCGUGACUUAUUUAUUCAGAACCUGACUUUGUAUUAACAUGGCUCAUUUCCAUUAAAAAAUAAAAUAAAAAUAGAA